AGCAUUUAAGUAUAAUAUUAAUAAUGGCUUCAGAAAACAUUUACAUAAUUCUGAGACUAUUCAUUAGAUUGACACUUGAAUAAACCAUGUAAAAAACCGACAGGUCACAAACCCUUAAAACCUAACAAAACUCUACCCCUCUGCCUCUGAGAGGCACCACAACUGUAGGCACAAUACAUUCAGACAAGUUGUUACCAGCAUGCAUCGCGACCAUCGUCAGUGUACCUCGAGCCGCGAUGGGCGCCGACAAGCCGAACGGCGUGGUCAACUACUGCCGCCGCCCGCCCCAGCGGCCCUUCCUGCAGAGGAUACAGUAUGGCAUCUGGAAUCCCGAAGACAGGACAUUCCUCGGCAGGACACCUCAUCGAUGGGGGGUGAUCGGGCUGAUCUACUUGGUGAUGUACAUAUGCAUCAUCAUCUUCUUCUCCAUCUGCAUGUGCGGCCUCAUGGCCACCAUGGAUGACAAGAUACCCUACUUCACACUCGCUGAUUCUAUUAUUGGAGCCAACCCUGGCAUGGGUCACCGGCCGCUGGUGUUCGAGGAGGGAGCUCUCAUCUGGUAUAACAAGGACAAUAAAACCCAGAUCAAAAAAUACGUUGACAACAUCAACGAGUUCCUAGCACCUUACAACAACAAGUCUCUCCUAGUCACGAAGGGUGAGAACCAGCGCGAGUGUGGUGACGUGAAGCCACCCCGCGCCGAGGUGUGCGCCUUCGACACCAGCCUGUUUGGGCCCUGCUCCGUGGAGAACGACUUCGGUUACGCUAACGCCACCCCAUGCCUUAUUGUCAAACUUAAUAGGUUGUACGAUUGGAACCCUGAGUUUUAUGACGAUCCCGGCAACUUACCCCCUGAGAUGCCGCCGGACAUUAAAGACUACAUCAACAGCGCCACUCCUCAGCAACGUCGUAAAGUGUGGGUGUCGUGUAUGGGCGAGCGGCCGGCGGACGUGGAGGCUCUCGGGCCGCUGAAGUACUGGCCCUACCCGGGCCUGCCCGAGACCUUCUUCCCGUACGACAACACUCCCGGAUACCUCAGUCCACUCGUCGCUGUGCAACUGCUGAAGCCUACUCUGCACCAAAUUAUCAACAUUCGCUGCCGCGCGUGGGCGCGCAACAUCCAGUAUACCGAGAGCCUCAAGGAGCGCCUCGGCUCCACCCACCUGGAGAUCAUGAUUGACUGAACAGGGACCAGAGACCUAGUGCCUUACGUGCUGGAGGGGAGCAGUCUGUGCCAUUUCAAACUUACACUUGAAAGAAAUUAGGUUCAAAUUUGAAUUAUGCUAUACCCAACAGCCUUAGUUAUUCUGUUGUAAGACCAUUUCAUAAGCCUUUUUGAACUCUACUAUUACUUCACCAUUAGUGUCCUUGCCUACAGAAUCAGUUAGAGAAAUGUGGUACCAUAUUGAUAAUCGUGAAUUUAAUGUUUAAAAUUUUAUGAAUUUUCCUACUUCAUUUCAAUUUUGUCACCUAUUUAUCGAAAAUCUUUAGUUAACACAGACUGUUUACCCCUAAAUCCAAGCACUAAAACUAAAUGUGUCUUAUUACAUAGUUUGUACUACUUAGAUAAAUUAUUAUUUUAUAUGAACAAAGAUAUUUCUAAAAGUAAAUGUGAUCAGUAAUCAUGUGAAGUGUUGAUGUAGAUUCAAGUUUUAUAAGGUAUCUGCUCACUGCGAUGGACAAAUAUUAGCCACCUGAUGUACUUAGUUAGACAUAUUAUUAAUAAAGAAACAAAACGUAGGCAAUGCCACAGACAAGGCCUUAGUUGCGCCGUAACUUGCUAAUUACGGCAAUUUAUUUAUAUUCAUGUAAUGGGGCAUUCUACAUGUUUGGUUCGUACUUAACAGGUAACGGAACUCUAUUUUUGUCACUUUCUGUUACAUCUUUCCGUCUGUUUGUCUGUCCGUCGGACACUUCGCCAGUUUCAUUUUUAAUAAUAGAGGAUCACGUAUAUACAUUUUUUGCAAAUACAGCAUCAUUAUGAGCAGAUAUUUUAAAGAUAAAUAAAUAUUUACCUCUUAAUAUUAAAUAAAUAGAAACGUCGUGUUAUUUUUGUAAAUGAGUACUUAAAUAGAGUGUGAUGUAUGUUUA